ACAUUAGUUUUCAUUCACUUGAGCAUACUUUUUACCCGUUAGAAACCGACGCCAUCUUUGCUGGACUAAACCGACGGAUUGGCCGCAGGCUUGAACAUCAUGUCAUUUGAUUUUCCGAUGGAGGCGUAUCUCCGCUGUCAACAGAGAUGCUAACCCCCUUGGAUCGGAAAGAACAAAACGCACACUUUCAUAACAACUUCAAAAUCCAAACAUUUAACUUUAAAGUCCACGUUACCAAAGUCUCUCAUAAGUACUCUAAUACUGCUCACGGCAAAGCUCAGGUUGCCCAUCACUGCGUAAUAAGAGGGGACAUGUCGUUUGGACCAGCGCUGAGUUGUCCUACUGUCCCACUUUCCAAUGGUUUGCAGAUACCGAUAUUUGGAUUAGGUGCGUUUUACUUCGGCACAUCACAUGAUGGCGGAUACUCCCAUGAUGCCAUUGUGUACGCACUCACUGAGUGUGGUGUGCGUCACAUUGACACGGCAAAGCGCUACGGCUGUGAGAAGAAACUGGGUAAAGCCAUCCGAGAAAGUGGGAUAGCACGACGUGAUCUGUGGCUCACCAAUAAACUGUGGCCAGGAGACUACGGAUACAAAGCUGCAAAGAAGGCCUGCCUUGACUCCUGCUCACUGGUGGGGGUGGAAUCUUUUGAUCUCUACCUGAUGCACUGGCCGGAGUCACUGCAACCUGGUUACUCUAACAGGGAGAUGAGAGCUGAGACGUGGAAGGCUUUGGAAGAACUUUAUAAAGAAGGGGUUUGCCGUGCUAUUGGAGUGAGCAACUUUCUGGUCCACCACCUGGAGCAGUUAAAGGAAGACUGUACUGUAAUGCCACAUGUUAACCAGGUGGAGUACCAUCCUUUCCAUCAGCCCAAUCACCUGAUAGAGUACUGUCGUCAGGAGGAGAUUGUGUUUGAAGGGUACAGUCCACUGGCCAAGGGUCAAGUCCUCAGCAAUCCCACUGUUCUCCAGAUAGCAGAAAAGCACCGACGCACACCUGCUCAGAUCUGCAUCCGCUGGAGUAUUCAGAACGGAGUCGUCACAAUACCAAAGUCCAUCAGAAAGAACAGGAUACUCGAGAACUGUCAAGUGUUUGGGUUCCAGCUGGAGGAGGGGGACAUGGCCGUAUUAGGAAGAUUGCAUGAUGGAAGACACGUGACUUGGGAUCCAACAAAUGUGGAGUAACAAGAUGUGUGAAAACACAAGGUGUGUUUCUCCUGGAACUAAUCUUGUCAGUAACAGCUGGCUGAAGAACUAAUAUUGAUUCAUCAUUAUCUUUGGGUGUCAAGGUUUGCCUGGAAGGAGACUCUACUAUGAUGGGGAGUUCAUUCUUUUCAGCUAUCUCUAGACACAAGUGCUGGAGUUAUCAAGUGCCUUACUUUCUAGAAAUGUCUACUUACAAUUUUAUAUAAAGCAAGAGAGACUCUAUGUUAAAAUCAUAGGUAAUACAGGAAAGUCAUUCUGAGCAUUUUUGUAAAAAGAUUAAUUUGUAAAUAAAUAUUUGCAUUUGGAGAACAGCUGCCCACUGAGGACAUGAAUUUGUGUCGACAAGAGCCCUCAAGUUCUUUUCAAAUUUUCAGGAUUACCUAAAUCCGAAACCCACAGGCCUUGCCGGAGGACUUGCAUUGGAUAAGACUAAACGGGUAGAGCACAUAGAUGCAUUUAUGUUUUAUUUACCAUUAUUGUUUCCGUUCUUCUGAAUGAGGCCGGUGGGUAAAAGCAGGACAGAUUUUGGAUUGACAAUAAUUGGCCGAGCCCAUAUGCUGGCCGAUACGAUCUUAUCACAGAUAUAUCAGUGUCAGCCUAUAUGUCAGCCGAUAAGUAACAAGAUGUUGCAGUCCAGUACGAAAUAUAACAUAUAUAUUUGAGGUAGUCUAUAAACAAUAUCUCCAUUACAUAAUUUGUCCUCUAGAGAGCACUGAGAAGUAUACUUUCCAUGUGUAAAAAUUACUUGGUUGGCCCAUUUUUUAAUUGCAAAAUCUUGUGAUACAACCCCCCCCCCACUGACAGAAAGUUGUACAUUUGAUACAUUUAAGUAUCAGUAAGUAUCUACACUGUAUUUUUCAUUUCAGAAGAAAUGCUGUCACUAAAUUGAUAGCUGUUUUACGUAGUGUUUACACUUUGAUUACAAUCAUGUUAGAGAGUGCCCGCUAUUGCAUUUAGAUUAGCCUACUUUAUAGGUAUUCAAAAGCUACUUACCUUAGUAGCUGCAGUUCGACUGUGAGGAAUCAGUGAUGAGCUGGACUUAGAAUCUUUCAAAUCAGAUGAGGAUGACCCAGACUAUCAAUUUAUCAUAACACUGUCUCCUCAGCUUACUAACGAGCAUGUCACACCACUCAACUGUCAGCCCAGUUCAUUGAAGCAACAGGGUGGUGCUGGAUGGCAAAAACCACAGGAAAGAAAAAGGCUCAAGUGAAAAGCAUGCCAGAUCUGGCCCAAUAAAAGUGACUGUAAACUGUUGCGUAAAAUUGUUUCUCUGAUUCCGAUUCACUGACACAUAAGCUAUUGAGAAAAAAAUUGGAACUUUUCAUGAAAGUGUUUUAAUAAGGUAGAGAAAGCAUUGUAAAGCCAAUGUAAAGACGCUUGCUGUAAAUACAUUUUGGUACUGGUUUUGAGUUAUUGGGUUAUAUUCCCUGUAAGCUAUUAUAGGAAAAACUUUUAGUGUUUAUGAAAAUAUUAACGUAAAACAAAUGAACUAUGGUCCAUCUAAGAAAACAUUUUGUUGAUUUUUAGCUACUGAUUUGCCUGCAAGAUAUAAAACAUAUUUCCUAUAAACUUUUUAUAUAAAAUAAAUGAGUUACAUUUGGACAAUAAAAAUAAAUCUGCACCAUAAGACAGUUUGUAAGAUUUUUUUUAGUUUGUAAGUCAGCGUGAUGGUAUUGAAAGAAAACAUUUGUGAAAUUCAUAGUAGGCAAUUAUUUAUUGACAGUUCUUAAGAGAGUGCCUUAUACAAUUUCCAAGAGGGAGCCAGAUCCAAACUGUAAUGGAAAAUUUAAAUACGAUUCACCUGUUAAGCUGUAGUUAUAUUGUCUGUGGAAUGCACUGAUUGCUCACUGUUCAGUUGAAAUGUGCAGCCUGACCCUCAGGGAUAAAACGAAGCGGUUGGUACCAGACAGUUUUCCUUCAUCCCUGAGCUGCAAUCUAUCUCACCAAUUAACUGUGAAGUACAUGUGUGUGUUCUAUGUCUUUGAACAGUUACACGGCAACCCCCCCUUUCCGUACUGACUAAGGGGUAUAAAUGCUCUACUAAGUCCUGUGCUUUUUGCUAACUGCCAUGCACUGCCUAUCGCUGUGUGACCUUUGAUCUCUGUAUGCUUGAGACCAUCUGCAGAUGCUGAAUUAAAUUUUCAGAAAGACCGGAGUGGACUCUAAGUGCUUUAUUGAACAGAAAAUUGCCACCACAAGACCCAGAACAACUUGUGCAGUGGAAUGACCCCCAAUCCUUUACCAUUUUCAGGGGGUGGGGAAGUGAGUUGUCACUGCAUAGGUUGUUCUGGAUCUGACUGUCCGUUGUCUGAAGGUAUGUACCUAAAGUAUGUGCAAGUACCGAGGGCCACUGAUGCCUAUCAAUAACAUAAUCAUGAUAAUAUGGGUUUAAGGUGGGUAGGGCCUAAGUUAUAAAAAGAGCAAUGAGGAGGAAGCUCCUGGCAGAAUUACUUCACUUCUUUAUUACCAACAUUGCUAUUUUGAUAUUAUUUAUUGUCUAUUUUUCUGCUCUUUCUCCAACUUAUCUCGCCAUUGCCUCCCCCGCUGAUGAAGUCAUUACCUGUCCAUUUCAGACCUCUACACGUUGCACUGGCCAGCGUCAAUGCAACCUGGCCGCUCUAAGAGAGAACUGAGAGCCGAGGCGUGGAAGGCCUUGGAAGAACUUUAAGAAGAGGGGUCGUGUCGUUUUAUCAGGGUUAGCAACUUUAUGAUUCACCACCUGGAACAGUUAAAGCAAGACUGCUCCUUGGUGCCACAUGUUAACCAAAAUGGAGUCAUUACAAUUCCAAAGUCAACAAAAAAGGGGUGUGUGGUUGAAAACUGUCAGGUGUUUGGCUUCCAGCUGGAGGAGGAAGACAUGGAGGCUAUAAAGUUGCAUGGUGGGAGACAUGUGCCCUGGGAUCCAACAAAUGUGGAGUGACACAAGGAAUGCUUGCGGCAGAAAAAUUCACUAAUGCCCUCAGCUCGAUAACUCUUCAAUGAGAGAUUAAAGACUAAACAUUAACUCCUGCAUAAACUACAAUUGAUUUAACGUGUAGUGUAUAUUCAAUGUCCACGUGAGGAUGCAUAAGAGAGAAUAAUAAUGAUAGAAACUUUUUUUCUACUAUUUUACUUUCUAUCAUAUCAAUUAUUAUUCUCAUUUCCUUGGGUUACGGAGGUUAUGAAAUUGCACAUAUUUAUUUUGCAUAUUUAAUUUUGCAACUGGAUUGGAUGAAUAUGUUUCAUUAGUGGAUGACACUAAAGUAACACAGAUACCUUGUAGUUUUAUUCAAUGCUAAUAAUAUAGCUUAGCCAAAUCUUCCAUCAUAAAGAAGUUCUCAUACUUUGGGCACUGUGUUGUUUUGGCAUCUCUAAACAAAGAACAAAUGUAGCUUUUUUACUUGUAUUUUAAAAGAAAAUACAAAUAAU